AUGCCUCUCAAAUAUGAGACAUGCGACCCGAAGGACCUAGGCUACCUGAUUAGCAAUAUGCUCAUGGAAUUGAUCCGACUUAAUGACAAACUUCCACUGAACGGCCGCCUGACUAGAUUCCAUUCCAGGGCUCCUCCUGGAAUUUCAUGCCACGAUUACCUCCAGCGUCUCAUCCAGCACGCAACCCUCUCACCACCCAUCCUCCUAUCCAUCGUCUACUACAUCGAUCGCCUGUGCUCGCUUUAUCCAAGUUUUACUAUUAGCAGUUUGACUGUCCAUCGUUUUCUCAUCACAGCUGCGACGGUCGCUGCGAAGGGUCUCAGCGAUAGUUUCUGGACCAAUCCCACCUAUGCAAGAAUUGGUGGCAUCAGCGUCAGUGAACUUGCUACUCUGGAGAUGGAGUUCUUGGAAAAGGUCCAAUGGCGCAUCGUACCCAAGCCAGAAGUCCUGGUCGACUACUAUGUCAGUCUUGUACAGAGAAACGAGGGUUACCAACUUGAGGCUGCUACCGAGUCGGACCCGACCUGA